AUGACACGGCUUCUGCUCCAGGUCUGUUCACCAACACCAGCACCCAAAAUGAGCAUGAAACUUGAAUUGAAGAAUGUGAAUCUGAGUGCUGGAGAUCAGCUGAAAGUAAAGGGGUUUAUUCUGCGUGAUGCUGAGAGAUUCCAGGUCGACCUCGGCUGUGGUGCAGACGACUUAGCUCUGCACUUCAACCCUCGUUUCCAUGAUGACACUGAUGGAGCGGUUCUCGUUUGCAACUCAAAGACUGCUGGUUGUUGGGGCGAGGAGAAACGGGAAAUACACAACCCCUUACAAAGGGGCACAGAUGUCAAGAUUGAGUUGAAGCUGUGUGGAGACAUGUUUGAAGUGGAGCUUCCUGAUGGACAGGAGGUCCAGUUUCCCAACCGUGAGAACAUGGACAUCAUCAGCUACGUCAAAAUAGAAGGAGACUUUAAACUGACUUCCUUCAAGAUCUGUUGAGAGACACAACUGCUGUAACAUGUGCAUGCUGUGUAUAUCAGUUUGGUUAAAGACAAGAGUUCAGUCAGUUAUUGUGAGAAAUAUGAUCAAUUGAGAGAUAUAUAUAUUCAGGACACUGGAAAUGUAUCUUUAUUUAAGUAUGUCCUGUUGUGAAUAAGAAUAUAAAAGCUCUAAAUUCAAA